AUCGACGUCACUUCCGGUGCCAUCACAUAUGCUAAAACGUUUGGAAACUGAAACUGUUGAAAGCUGUGACGAAUGUGAUGAGAUGGCUUGAACGAGUAACACACAGUCACAUAAACAGAGAAAUCUAGAGAGGGAGAAGUCAUGGCCUGUGCCCGAGUGCCACUGGAUGAGCAGCAGGUGACCGAGCCGGGCCCACUUGGAAAAGAGCACACACUGCCUGCACUGCACCCAGCCAGGAAGGAGGAGCGCUGUUUUGUGCCUUACAAAUCCCCACCAGAAGACAGCUCUCCUGCUGAGGUGGAGGAGUUUUUGGAACAUGCCAAAUUCAUCACAGAGGACCUGGAGUGGCUGCUCGCACUGCCCCAUGACAAGUUCUGGUGUCAGGUGGUGUUUGAUGAGUCUCUGCAGAGAUGCCUAGAUUCAUACCUGCAUCAGGCUCCUCGCGGCCUUGACCUCGCCACCCUGCCCUCCUCCCCGGCAGUAGCCGACAUGCAGCGUUCUGUCCACAAGGCAGUCUUCUUGACCUUCCUCAGGAUGGCCACACAUAAAGAGUCCAAGGAGAACUUCCUCACCCCGGCUGUGUUUGGAGAAAUUAUCUAUGAGAACUUCCUGUUUGACAUUCCCAAAAUCCUGGAUUUGUGUGUGCUCUUUGGAAAGGGCAACAGCCAGCUGCUGCACAAGAUGAUAGAGAACAUCUUCACCCAGCAGCCGUCUUACUACAGCGACCUGGACGAGACGGUGCCCACUGUGUUACAGGUGUUCGACACCAUCCUGGAUAAGUGUGGCCUCCACUGUGAGGGAGCCACCGCCAUGGAGCCCAUGAAGCUAAACGCACACAAACAGCCCACUGCCAUGACCAUGAGCCAGCAGGAUCUUUCAGAUCUUAUUCUGUACCUGUGUGACUCGACCACCACCAUCCAUGCCUUCCUGGACAUCUUCCCUGCCGCCUGCUCCAGCUUCCACUCCCACGGCUUCCUCAGCAGACUGACCUCGUUUUAUGAGACCGCUGUGCCUGACCUCGAGAAGGCGGUGAAGAAGAGAAACUUUGAUGAUAAAGGUCUUCAGGAGGACUUGUGGAAGAGGUUGUCCCACUCCUGUCGUAAGAUAGUGGAGAUGGUUCACCUUCUGCUGCAUCACACCUGCCUACAGCCGAUCCUGGAGGGGGGAGAAAACAUACAAACGUUUGCAGAGGAGCUCCUACAACAUUUCACAUCUAUUUUACCUGAGAAAAGGUUCUUGUCAGACUAUGAUGAGCAGUUCCCCAUCGCAGACGACAUCAGCCUCCUACAACAGGCCCUCCCUGUCAUUGAUGAGACCAGGACGUCCUACCUGCUGCAGGGGGUGGAGAGUGCCUGGGACUUUGUUGGGCGACGGAAACCACACAGCCAGAUUCAACAUGAGGGAGCAGCGGGCGGUGCUGCUGCUGGCGCCUCCUCAGCUGGCUUUACUUUUCAGGAGGCUCGAGAGCAAGAAGAACAGGGAGGAGAGAGCCUGAGGGGAGCAGAGGCCAUGUUGGAUGUUCCCCAGAAAGGAAACAAUGGUGCGGUGUGUCCUGUGAGCGAGGCAGAGCUGGAAUCUCUGCUGUCGUGUAUCAGGGACCUGCUGCCUGAUCUGGGCGAAGGCUUCCUGCUGGCCUGCCUGCAGGAGUACGGCUACAACUCUGAGCUGGUCAUCAACAACAUCCUGGAGGACCGCCUGGCCCCCAACCUGGACAAACUGGACCGAGCCAUGCCAAGGCCAGUGAAGGAGAAGCUUCCAGAUGUUCUGCACACCAGAUCUAAUGUGUUUGAUGAUGAUGAGUUUGACAUCUUCCGCAGGGACCAGGUGGACAUGUCCCGCAUCUGGAAGGGCAGGAGGUAAGAGCAUUCAGGAGGAUUAAAAAGUCCUGUGGC